AGGGAGACCGAAGGGGUCCCCAGCACCGCCAUCAGGGAGAUCUCCCUGCUCAAGGAGCUUAAGCACCCCAACAUCGUCAGGCUGCUGGACGUGGUGCACAGCGAGAAGAAGCUGUACCUGGUGUUCGAGUUCCUCAGCCAGGACCUCAAGAAGUUCAUGGACUCCACGCCGGUCUCCGAGCUCCCCCUGCACCUAGUCAAGAGUUACCUCUUCCAGCUGCUGCAGGGGGUCAACUUCUGCCACUCCCAUCGGGUCAUCCACCGCGACCUGAAGCCCCAGAACCUGCUCAUCAGCGACUUGGGCGCCAUCAAGCUGGCCGACUUCGGGCUGGCCCGAGCCUUCGGGGUGCCCCUGCGCACCUACACCCACGAGGUGGUGACGCUGUGGUAUCGCGCCCCGGAGAUCCUCCUGGGCAGCAGGUUCUAUUCGACAGCGGUGGACAUCUGGAGCAUCGGUUGCAUCUUUGCAGAGAUGGUGACCUGCAAAGCUCUGUUUCCCGGUGACUCUGAGAUUGACCAGCUCUUCCGCAUCUUUCGGACCCUGGGGACACCCAGUGAAGCCACGUGGCCAGGUGUCACCCAGCUGCCUGACUAUAAGGGCAGCUUCCCCAAGUGGACCAGGAAGGGGCUGGAGAACGUUGUGCCCAAUCUGGAGCCGGAGGGCAAGGACCUGCUCAUGCAACUCCUGCAGUACGACCCCAGCCAGCGGAUCUCAGCCAAGGGCGCCCUUGCCCAUCCAUACUUCCUGUCCACCGAGACCUCCCCAGCCCCCCACCAGUGUGUGCUGGAGCGUUUUUGCCGCUGAGAGCAGAUGAGGCCACCACCUGAAAGCCUCCCUCCAGCUGCUGCCCCAGCUGCCUUUUCACCGGUUUCCCAAGAAAGGAAACACGUCUGUGGAGAGAGCAGAGGUCUAUGGAAUUUGGCAUCAGCCAUAAGAGGGCCGAGUCUGGGUUGGUCCUGCCAACAAGUUAGCGAGUUCCUGUGUUGUUUGUUGGGUUCCACGGUGCCAUUU